ACACAAUCCAAUUUGAUAUAAACGCUGGCAACGCGUAUAUCAACGUGAUAUCGUGUGCGUUGAUCUACGCGUGGACGUAUCCAGUUUAAUAGACACCGUCUUUAUUUCGUCGACGUCGAAAACGUGUUCUCGUGCCCACAUAGUCUUGUUGAUCUGUCUCUCAUCUUUAGCUGAAUAAAGGCCUCGAUCGUAUUCUUUACAAUUGAAUAUCACGAAUGGAGAAAUUGUCGUCGAGAACACGAUUUGAAGUUAAAAAGUGGAAUGCUGUAGCAGUUUGGUCAUGGUCUAUAUGCACGGACACGUGUGCCAUUUGCCGCAAUAGUUUGCAUGAGCCAAGCAUCGAGUAUCAAGCAAACCCCUCUUCGGCAUCAGAAGAGGGUCUUAGUAUUGCUUGGGGGAAUUGUGGCCAUGUGUUUCACCUUGAUUGCAUUUCCAAGUGGCUCAGGACUCGCAGUAACUGUCCCCUAUGUAACAAAGAAUGGGAAUUUGCCAAGAUAGAGAAGAUACAGCUUCCUGUGAUGGGUCUUGAAUAGUGUGAGAAUCUGCGUGCUACUUACAUGGCUGAUAGGCGUCUAGGCACCUUCCUUUUUCUUCAUGCCAUCACUAUUCUGGCCUUGGUGCUUAUAUCCUCAUUCGGUCACAUACUGUAGUUUAAAUUAGCUAGCUAGAGUAAGCUCUAGCUAGACUACCUGUAGCUGAGUAGCUAGCUCUAGCACUGCUCUAGCUAGCUAGACUAGCUAGUACGGAAGUAGCUAUU